AAAUAUACUAGUAUUGAAAUUCUAGUUGUUUAAUAAAAAUUUAAUACAUUUAAAAUUGUUUAUGAAAAAUAUAUUUGUAUAAUAUUGAUACAGAUGUGUGAAUAUAUUGCUUGAAAAUAUGAGUGCUAAGCCAUUUAGAAAUAGUAAAGGUGUAAAUAAACCCUUUAGGUCUCCAUUUAAUACACCGCAAAAUGAUAAUAAAAAAAAUCAUACAAAUACCCCAAAAUUAAAUACACAUGAAACACCAUUAAAAGUAUCUGUAGCAAAAAGAUUGCUUUUUCAACAAUCACCUUCUUUCAAAAAAUUACAUUUAGACAAAGAAAGUUGUAACAAACAUAUUGAAGUAACAGAAAAAUUAUAUCAAGCUGAUUUAGAGUCACUGAAAAAGAGAAUACAGCAGAAGAAAAAAUCAGUCGAAGCUUUGAAAACUGAAUUGUUAUAUAAAAAAAAGAACAAAGCUGAAAGUAUAGAAGCUGCUAUAAGAAAAUGGACAAAAUGUUGCCAAAGUGCCCUUGUAGAUUAUCAAAAUAGUUUACAAGAAAAAAAUAGUCAAACAGUGAAAAUGUCUGAAAUUUUGUCUUUGUUUAACACUAAUCCUGAUACAGUUCGCUUUUCUAUUGAUGACGAUACAUUCUAUUAAACAAGCAAAUAUUAAAAAAAAAAUAUUCUACAAUAAUUUAUAACA